UUAAGGUGUUUCCCCCUAUUUAUACUAUCUUAAUCAACUUGUUAACUUUGCUAUUUAUACUAAAAUAUUAUCAUGUGUUUCCAAGGUAGUUCUUGCUUUGACCAUUAUACAGCUAUUCCUUAACAUUGAGUUUAUUGUCUUUUGAAGCUCAUGUUAUUGAAUUAAAUUGUGUGUCAUGGAUGAUGCCGCUUUGUCACUUGGAGCGAUAGAAGUUUCUUAUUCAUCAUCUUCAGCAGAAUGCACAGUAUCUAGAUGUAAACACUCCAGUGAAGAAUGGGGAGAAUGCAAUUCGAGGCCUACUGUUUUUCGAUCAGCUGCUUUGAAAUGGAAAGAAACUCUGCUGGGCAGGAAAAGACCAUUUGUGGGACGUUGUUGCUAUGUAUGCACUCCCCAAAGCCGGGAUAAGCUUUUUAAUCCUGGUAUCCCUUCUUUGGGCCUUCGUAAUGUAAUCUAUAUUAAUGAAACACAUACCCGGCACAGAGGGUGGCUUGCCAGGCGGCUCUGUUAUGUUCUUUUUGUACAAGAACGAGAUGUUAAUAAACAAAUGUUUGCAAAUAAUGUGACGGAAAAUGUGCUGAACAAUAGCAGAGUGCAGAAUGCCAUUGUAGAGGAAGCUUUAGAAACGUCUGCUGUGGGUGGUUCUGGUCAGCUGGAUCCCAAAAUCCUUGGUAAAGUCAAAAAGAAAGCAAGAAGAAUUCUUCAGGAAAUGGUAGCAAAUGUCUCCCCUUAUUUGAUCAGGUUAACAGGAUGGGUAUUGCUGAAAUUAUUCAACAGCUUUUUUUGGAAUAUCCAGAUUCACAAAGGCCAAUUGGAGAUGGUGAAAGCAGCAACUGAGCUAAAUUUGCCACUUAUCUUCUUACCUGUUCAUAAAUCUCAUAUCGAUUACCUACUUCUCACAUUUGUUCUUUUUUGCCACAACAUCAAAGCACCCUACAUUGCAGCAGGGAAUAACUUGAACAUCCCCAUUUUCAGUACCUUGAUCCAUAAGCUUGGAGGGUUUUUUAUUCGGCGAAAGUUGGAUGAAAGGCCCGAUGGCCGUAAAGAUGUUCUGUACAGAGCCUUAUUACAUGUGCAUGUCCAAGAGUUGCUUCGACAGCAGCAAUUUUUGGAGAUAUUCCUGGAAGGCACACGAUCUCGAAGUGGAAAGACAACCUAUGCAAGAGCAGGCCUGUUAUCUGUGGUGGUGGAUGCUCUUUAUACAAAUGCUGCUCCUGAUAUACUAAUUAUACCAGUGGGGAUCUCCUACGAUAGAAUAAUUGAAGGACAUUAUAAUAGUGAACAACUGGGAAAGCCCAAGAAGAAUGAAAGCCUGUGGAGUGUAGCUAGAGGAGUCUUCCGAAUGCUACGGAAGAAUUAUGGAUGUGUUCGUGUAGAUUUUGCCCAGCCAUUUUCCUUAAAAGAGUAUUUAGAUGGUCAAAGUCAGAAACCUGUGCCUGUUCCCCUUUCUUUGGAACAAACUCUCUUACCAGCUGUACUGCCUUCGAGGCCUAAUUAUGUAGUAGAAGAAGGUACUGAAGCUGCCAUUCCUGAUUCCAGGGAUUUGACUUGUGAGCCUUUGAGAAGACAAUUAAUAGCUAACUUGGCAGAGCACAUAAUGUUCACUGCUAACAAGUCAUGUGCUGUGAUGUCAACACAUAUCGUUGCCUGUUUGCUGCUCUACCGACACAGGCAGGGAAUUGAUCUUUCCAAGUUGGUAGAAGAUUUCUUCUCUAUGAAGGAGGAAGUCUUGGCUCGGGACUAUGAUUUGGGAUUUUCGGGGAAUUCUGAAGAUGUAGUCAUGCAUGCCAUUCAUCUGUUGGGGAAUUGCAUUACGAUCACAAACACUAGCCGGAAUAAUGAGUUCUUCAUCACUCCCAGCACAUCUGUUCCUGCUGUCUUUGAACUAAGCUUCUACAGCAAUGGGGUAUUGCAUGUCUUCUUCAAAGAGGCUAUCAUUGCUUGCAGUCUGCAUGCAAUACAGAAUAAAAGGCAUAGAAAUGGCAUCAGUGGAAUUUCCCCUAAUAUGAUUAGUCAGGAACAAUUGGUCCGCAAAGCUGCAAGCUUAUGCUAUUUGCUUUCUAAUGAAGGCACUGUUUCACUGCCUUGCCAGCUGCUAUGUCAAGUGUGCCAUGAAGCAAUUGAGCGGUUCAUACAAUAUGGUAUUCUUUUGGUGGCAGAGCAGGAUGAGCAAGAGGAAAUUAGUUCAAGCCUUGCAGAGCAGCACUGGGAGAAGAAACUCCCAGAACCAUUAUCUUGGAGGAGUGAUGAGGAAGAUGAGGACAGUGACUUUGGUGAAGAGCAGCGGGAUUGUUACUUGAAGGUGAGCCAGUCACAGGAACACCAGCAGUACAUUACCUUUCUGCAGAAGCUACUGGGGCCCUUACUGGAAGCUUAUAGUUCUGCAGCCAUCUUUAUCCAUAAUUUCAAUGGCCCUGUCAGGGAAUCUGAAUAUCUGCACAAAUUACACAAAUUCUUAAUAGCCAGGACUGAAAAAAAUGUUGCAGUAUAUGCUGAGAGUGCUACCUAUUGUCUUGCAAAGAAUGCUGUGAAAGUCUUCAAGGACAUGGGGGUGUUUAAGGAGACAAAGCAGAAGCAAGACUCUAUUUUGGAGCUAAGCAGCACUUUCCUACCUCACUGUCAUCGGCAAAAACUACUGGAAUUCAUUCUGGGUUUUGUUAUUCUGUAGAACAUGUGUGUUGAAUUCUGCCAUUCAGAAGAUUGGCAGGCUUGGAGAAUGUGACCCAAACUUCAGAGCUUUUGCUGCUUCCAUAGUGUAUACAGUGCCAUUUUUGGUAAGGCCUUAUCUGACCCAAGUCACUGGAAGACAAGUGCCUUCAUACAUAUGCAUGUCUGGACCUAUACAAUUUGGUAACACGAAUACUUACAGAUUUUGAAUGCAAAUGAUAAGCCAUGUUUGCAAAAAGAGAAAUUGCUAGUUUUUACACAAACCUGUAUCAAAAUGUAACAUUUUUACACUUCAAAGUAUUACAUCAACACUAGUGACUGUGACAAAUGCACAAAUAUUUACCAGCAAUCUGUCAUUAAUACUUUGGUUCUAAGUAUCAUGGAAAAGAUGAGCAUAUUGUGGCAAGUUUGCAAAAGUCUUGUCAGCAGGAACAAACCCUUCUAUUAAUUAUUGCAAAUUAAAGGCAUGAAAGAGAAUGCAGCACAGUGAGCAAAAAACUUAAUAUUUCAUUAUGCUGAUUACUAUUGCAAAAUAUAAAAUAAAAAUUAAUAGAGUAAAUGCUAUGUAUCUGGUUAAGGAUCAAUUGAAUAGUAGCAAUGACCAUACAUACUCCUACUACUGUGGCAGAAUGAGAGAGUAUUAUAUUAAGGUUCUCACAAGUUGAAACAGAGAAGUAAUAUAUUAGUAUAUUAAACUCCUGGACCACUAGCAUUUUUUAAAAAAAUCAAAAUACUAAGAUACUUGAAACAAAUCUGUUUUCAGGUGCAAAUCAGUCAAUUUGCUGCUUCUUGGCCUUUCAUUUUUUGAAGUGAAUGAUAGUUUAAGCUCUUUAUAUUUAAGCUGGAGUGCUAAAGAAUUUCAUAUGUAAAUAAGCCAUGCUAAUUUUGACUAAUAUUAGGUGGAGCAUCAUUCUACAUCAUAAAAGUCUUGCAAGCACAUGAUGCAUUUAUGACUAAAUAUGAUAUUUAGGAUUGUUUUCAAACCACUAAUACCUGGGCAACCCCAUGGGAAUCUAUCGUUUUUCCAGAGGAUAUGGUGUGUGUGGAUUAUACUUUGAAAUCUGCAGGUUGUCACAUUUGAUGUUAGCUGAAGCAAUAAGUAUGGCAUUAGUUCUUAAGAAAAAUGGAAUAUUUUUCCUUUCCUGCCUUAUAAGUCAAAGAAACUUUUAAACUGUUGCAGUUUAAAAGUCUCAGUGUUCUCCUUUCCUUUCAGUUGGAGGUUGAAAAAAAAUUCAUAUGAAAAUUCAUUUGAGCUUUGUUUUUAAGUAGUCCAAAUUGCAAAUGCAUUGUGUAUUCACUCCAGCACAGAAACUCAUGUACACAGUUUUAGUCUGUGUAUUUAAUUCACAACUAUGUGUUUUAUUCCAUACUUGUUAACAUAAUAUUUUUAUAACUUUGUUUCUGGAUAAAAGUAAUUAAUAGGUUGCAGCAUUUGUCAGUAUUCCCACAGUCUUUAUGUAAGAGAAACUGCUGUGCAUGUUUCCCUUCACUAAAUAGGUGCUUUGAAACAUUUAAAGAUGAAUUUCUGAACCAAAGUUGUAUCAUAUCAAUGAAAGAAGCAGGAAGUGAACCUGAAUUAAUUAGUUUGCUCUUUUAUAAUUUCCAGCAGCAUAGCAGCUGAUAUGAACUCUCUUCCAAUAAGAGAGUAGUUACUUACAGUAAUUAUAAAUAAUCUCUGCUAACGUGCACUAUUUGUUAAAUUUGAAUGUAUUCUCUUAAUAGCAAUGUGUAAAGGUAGCUGAUAGCUUUCAUUUUAGGUCUGAUAAGUAGGUGUUUGCAAUAUUUUUCCAGAUAUUGGUAAGUGUUUAAUAUAUGCUAGAAAGAAGAAUGUGUAUUAAAAAACUGAAGCAAGCAAUAUAUUACAGAUGAUGCUUAGCUGACUUUAAUGAAAGCAUUCUGUCUACUUUUAAAGAAAUGAGGGUCUGGGACUUAGCUGAGACACCAGCAAAUAAUUGCUAGUUUGUCACUAAUGAAAAUAAUUUAUUACUUUAUUAAAUGUUCUGUUGCAAUGUGUAGCAGUGCACUACUGAGUUGAAGUUGAUAUGUGCAGUAUCUUGUAAUUUUUCAGUGUGAGAGGAUGCUUUUAAAUGUACAUUUUUAUAAAUGGAGAGCCUUUGCAUGUGCAGAAAUGUCAUGCUCGAAAUACUGUGCGGGAGACAGGAAGAGGUAUCCAUCUGUGGCAUGGCACUGCAUAUGUCUCCAGUUGCAUGUGAGCCGCUUUUGCUUUUUCAUAAAGACAAAGCACUAAAUGGAUUUUUGUCUUCCUUUGUUUGUUAUUAAACUAUCAGCAUUUUUUCCUGAUAGAAGCAAGACAAGGUUGUUAUUUUUCAAUUUUCCAAAAGAUAUAGCUCAGCAACUUCUGGAUCUAAAAUAAUAACACUAUGUAUCUAAAUCUGAUUUACUUAUUCAAGUAGUAUAAUGAUGAACAUUCCACUUACAUGGGCUGUGAACUAUAUUUCUUUGCUACUUUGUGGAAUUCUCCUCGCUUCAUCUUCUGGGAAGGGAGAACUUAGCUUAUCAAUCCCUGUAACAGUGAUUUCUCAAGGAAAUACAGCUAUCCUGUCAUAUUAACAGUUUUGAAUAGCAGUUUAUUCUGGUAUUUCUAUUCCUAAAUUCUUCAGAAAUUAACCCAUUUGCCUGUUCAUUUUUUAAAAGUAUUAGCAUGACUUUUUUGACAAAGGAAAGUGUGGAAAGAACUGCAAAUACUGUAGCUGUUCUGUAUCUCUACCUGUGAACUAAGGCACUGUCUUGAAAAAUGUUAACACAUUUCUUUGACUUUAGCAUAUUCUGUAUCUCUUGUAAGAAGCACAGAGUUGCACAGUAAUUUUAUUUUAAUAAACAAUUUGGAAUG